UCACCUUCCCAAUAAAAACAAACCUACUUAUUCAAAAAAAUUGCAUUUUUUAUACCUAAUCCAAAAUAUUAUUUAUAUUUGCAUAGAGCCCCCCAAUCUAAAUUUUAAUUAGUAAUGGAGGAACAAAAUUAGGAGUUUAUUUGGGUACUUGAAUAAUUUAAUACUGCAUAAUAAGAUUAUGAUCACUUGAGGAUUCAUCACUCAUCUCAUAUACGAGUCCAAGAAGAAAUUUAAUUCAAAGAUUUUAGGCACAUGCUGCUUCUAUAAAUAUACUUUCUCUUGUAUAAAUUUACAGGACCAUGCAAGCAUCCAUGCAUCUACUAAUGUCAUAAAUCACUUGCCUGAGCCACCCACCACCGAUUACCCUUUUAAUUAGGCAAUCAAAAGGUAUUAAAACACUAGGCUCAUAGCACCCAAAAUUCUUACAUCAUCGUACGUAAUGCCAUUUGUCUUGUUUACAUGGAAAGUGGACGUUGGCCGUUUCCUCUUUCAGCUCGCUCCCAACAAAAUAGCGACGGGUGGCUUUUAUUUCGGUCCAUUCCUGCAAGAAAGAAAUAGAGCUACCGAAAACGUGGUCUCUGUGCUUUCCAGGUUCUUUGGAUGGGUUGCUCUUCAUUUUUAUUUUUAUUUUUAUUUUUCUUCCUUUCUUCUGUUCAAGAUUAAGCUCUUCAAAUUCUACUGUUUCUAAAAGAUUUCGUUUUCCUCCCUUUUUUUUUUAAUCAUUUGCGAGAAACAAGGUGGAUGGAUUUGAGAAAGCAUUCAAAAUGAAAAGAUUUUUAUUAUGAUAGCUAGAUUGCAUUUUCGAGAUUUCAAGAAAGAGUGCAUAAAAAGACAAAGCGGACGGUGAGCAAAGAAGAGAAGAGUUUCAAAGCUGCAAGCACAUGCAAGCUAAGAAGAUUAUACGUAUUUAUUGAUUGUUUUGUUAUAGCUUAUAGGUUGUGUGAAUGUAGUAAAGAAGAAGGAGAAGAAGAAUCGGGUUUGUCCAAACAAAGAAAAGAUUCGAAAUUUUUAAUUGUUUCAGAGAAUGAGAUUGAGGACAUAAUGGAUUUCUGGCCGGAGUUUCUUGCUAGCAGUUGGGGCAGAGAAUUUGUUGCCGGUGGUUUUGGUGGAAUUGCAGGUAUCGUUUCUGGUUAUCCACUUGAUACUCUGCGUAUCCGGCAGCAACAAAACUCUAACUCUGGCUCUGCCUCGAGCAUCCUUCGCCGCAUUAUCGCCGCCGAAGGGCCUGGUGCUCUCUACAGAGGGAUGGCUGCACCCCUGGCAUCAGUCACCUUUCAGAAUGCGAUGGUUUUCCAGAUCUAUGCUAUCCUUUCUCGAGCAUUUGGCUCGUCGAUUUCGGUUACUGACCCUCCUUCCUACAAAGGUGUGGCUCUAGGAGGACUCUGCACAGGAGCUCUACAGAGUCUUAUGCUUUCUCCUGUUGAACUGGUAAAGAUCCGCAUUCAGUUGCAGGACAAAAGUCAUGCAGAACUCCAUCAGCCAGAUUGUCACAGAGGUCCUGUAAGUGUUGCCAAGAGCAUAAUCAGGACUGAAGGUUUAAGAGGAAUAUAUCGAGGAUUUUCAAUCACAGUUCUUAGAGAUGCACCUUCUCAUGGCUUCUACUUCUGGACAUACGAGUACAUAAGAGAGCAGCUUCAUCCUGGCUGCAGAAAAAAAGGCCAAGAAAGCUUACAAACGAUGCUGGUAGCUGGAGGACUAGCAGGAGUUGCGAGUUGGGUUUGCUGCUAUCCAUUAGAUGUUAUAAAAACAAGACUGCAAGCUCAGACAUCAUCUUCCCCACAGAAGUAUGAUGGCAUUCUGGAUUGUUUUAGCAGAAGUGUUAAAGAGGAAGGCUACCGCGUGCUCUUGCGCGGAUUGGGGACUGCUGUUACAAGAGCUUAUGUUGUGAAUGGAGCAAUAUUUUCUGCUUAUGAGAUCACAUUGAGAUGUUUAUUCAACAACGGAAGCAUUCAAACAGAGAAUGCAAUAUAGAAGUUUAUCUCUCCUAAUUAGGAUGGAAAUCACCAUUUAUCUGCCUUUUAUAAUUUGAAAGAACAAUAAAAGUUUCUUUCAAACUGCUCUUACUUAUCUCUAGGUAUAGGAGCAGCUGAAUGAAAUGGAAAGGAAAAUUCUCCUCCUCCUGCACUAAUGCAGUAAGGAUUCUUCGACCUUGUGACUAAAUCCACCCGUGAGAAAGUGAAAAUGCAGUCAUCAAUUUUGUAUAGUAGCUCAUAUCCAAGUAUGGGGACAAAAACAUAAAGAACGAUUUUGUUCCUACGUGCGGCUUACAUCUCUUUCUGUGUGUUGGUUUAGACUUUAGACAAGAUUAUGUAAAAUAUGAUCA